GUUCGCCGGAGUUUGCGGGUCCGUGCGAUGGCGGUGCCGCUGCUGCGGUGACGGGUGGGAGAUGGGUGUAAUUGGCAUUCAGCUUGUGGUGAGCCUUCUGAUGGCAUCUCUCAUGCACAGACUGGUGCCUCAUUACUCCAUUGGUCGCUGGUUGCUCUGCAAUGGCAGUCUCUUCAGAUUUAGACAUCCAUCAGAUGAUGAACUUCGAGCCCUAGCGGGAAAGCAGAAGCCAAGGCUGAGGAGAGACAGGAGACAAAAUGGUGUGACUGAGAACAAACCGGAGAUGGUGCCCAAAGAUAUAAAGCUGUCCUUGGAAGCCACGCCCAUCAAGCCUCUGGAUGCUCUGGUCCUGCGCUACUUCCUGGACUACCAGUGGCUGGUGGACUUUGUCCUGUAUGCGACGCUGGUUUACGUGUUCACAGAGGCCUACUACAGUCUGCUCAACGUUCAAGGGGAGGUCAACGUAGGCAUGCUGUGGUGCCUGCUCACAUUAGUCUUUGGGAUUAAACUUCUCUUCUCUCUGAUGGCUCAUUACUUCAAGACGGAGGAAGGAGGGGAGCGCUCCGUCUGCCUGACCUUCGCCUUCCUCUUCGUACUCGUUGCCAUGUUGGUGCUGGUGGUGCGGGAGGAUUAUCUGGAGUUUGGUCUUGAGCCAGGGUUUGCCAGCUUGUAUGAAAACCUGCAGGUCUUCUUCAGGCAGCUAGGACUGGACAACAUCUGGCCGUACUCAGUUGCCAGGUUGAUCUUCAAGCUCACACUGGUUGGACUUGCCUCGUUUAUUGGAGCAUGUUUAACGUUCCCAGGCCUGCGGAUGGCACAGACUCAUUUAGAUGCUCUCAGGAUGACUGCAGACAAACCUUUGACACAGAUCCUGUUGUACGUCAACUUCCUGUUGCCUGUCGCCGUGUUGUUGCUCUGGGUGAAGCCAAUCAGCAGAGACUUUGUUAUCAACGCUCCUUUCGGGAAGGAGAAGGUCCAGCUGAUGUCUGACUCUAUGUACGACACGAUGCGCCUGUGGAUGAUCCUGGGGCUCUGCGCCCUGCGCCUGCUGAUGACCCGCUACCACCUGCAGGCCUACCUGAACCUGGCCGAGAGGUGGGUGGAGCAAAUGAGGAAGGAGGCUGGCUACAUCUCCAUGAUCGAAAUUCAGCGGAAGAUUUCUCGAGUGUUCUGCUAUCUGUGUGUGGUCACCGUGCAGUAUCUGGGCCCUACAAUCCUCCUCCUGCACUCCACUCUGCUGCUUAAAGUCAUGGGAGACUAUUCCUGGGGUUUGUACCCGGAGCCCCCUGGAGUUUCACCAGCCAUCGAUGCCAAUCCACGUACCCCGGGCAGUUCCUCUGGCGAAGAGGAUGAUUAUCGAAUGGCGGUCUCGCAGAUCACGGCUGCGCUGGGAACCCUGCGGAGUGUUUUCACACCCCUUUUUUACCGAGGCCUCUUCUCCUUCCUGACCUGGUGGUUGGCUGCUUGUCAGGUGGUGACAAAUCUCUUCGGCCUGUACUUCCAUCAGUACCUCAUGGGCUCGUAGGAAGGUGGGUGGUUCAUUCGUGGGACUGUGUCUGCUAUCAAGUGCCCUCACUCUGCCACUCUGGAGCCCGGGCAAACAAUCGAGCUCAAACAAACCUCCUGUCAGUUUCUGCUUCUUUUUCCCCCGAAUGUGCUGAUUCCUGACUCUCAGGAACGUCACCACAGGUGUGAACUGUCUCCCCUUCCCCUGUUCUUUGACUGCCCAUGGAGAAGGUACAACCAGCCAGCGUGUGCUUUACCUACUAUCCAGUCACGUCCCCGUCAGUAUGUGAUGCCUCCGAGUUGAAGAGCCUGCUGCCCUCGCACUUGAGCAAGGCGCAGGGUGGCCUGUCUGCCAAACUCCUGCAGGGUUUCCUCUCCUGAUCAGCAGUGGCUGAGCUUGUGGCUCGUGUGUUCCCGGUGCACUCUGUGGUCCAUUUAAUGUUCAUGACCUGGAUUGUUUUUGUUCAAACUGUGCCCCCUCCUCGGCUUCCACUGCAUUUCUCACGUUGGAGCGUGGUGACCGUUUCUCGAGUGGGGGCAUCGCAAAGGCAGCGAAGGGUCAAAUUGUGUUUGGUCAUCCACCUUGACGGUAACUGCGUGUGGGGAGGGCAGAAACCACAGGAGGUGUGGGGCAGUGGGCCGGACUCCAGCUGGGACUGAGCGAUCAAACCUGCUGAAAUAGACUGACAGAGCUCUGGGUCUCCUCGUCACCCCUCCGUACCAGGAAUGUCUGACAACCCAAGGUCCCGACCCACUCCCCAUCUUGCGCAACGAGAACUGAGAGCAAUGUUUGCCCCCACCCCCCAAAAACACCGGCCUUGUGUCAGCACUGACCUAUGUUACAUAACUGUUCCAUUUCUGGUCCUCAGACUGCCCCCCACCACCUACCCCUCCUCCCCCCAGCCCGGUGUGCUGCAGCCUCAAGGGGUCAGCGUGCCUUAACGCUGGGACGUGACAAUGGCUUGGGUGUUUCUGAGCCUUGAUGAGCAGCCUGAAGGCGCCCCCUCCCUGUUCCCGAGUGGGUCAGUGGGGGCAGUGCCCGGGGGUGAAUCGUGGCACAGCUGGGAUGGAGAGGCAGGGAAUUCCCAGCUGUUGUCCAGGUUACACCCACCCGGCAGUAAGGACAUGUCCCAAGGAGGUGAAGCAAUGUCUGGGAGCCCACAGCGUUCCCUCUUUCAGCUGCUCAGGAAGUCAGGGGGCACUUUGUAGCCACUGAAAUAGUUGAAGGGUCGAUGGUGUUCAUUUUGACAAUGGGACAGCUGAUUUUGCUGCCAGCAAGUUCAGGUUGUGACCAGAACAAGUGUGUCCAUGGCAGCGGGUUGGAGAACGAUGGUCAAGGCACAAGGUGGGGGGGAGAGGGGGGUGACCUGCUGCUCAUCGAGAUGGUUCUGCGGGAUCUGGUAGAUGGAGCCUCACUUAAAGUCCAAUCGUAAAGUCGAGGCUCCAUCUAUCUGACAGUGCAGCGCUCCCCAGGGCUGGGGGACGGUGACAGGUGAGCUGUUUCCCCUGGAGUUUUGGGAAUGAGACUGGAAGCUGCAGUGUUUCAAAGCUGGUGAGGCAGAGGGAGUGUUUGGAGACAAGGGGCUGGUGGUUAUGGUGGGGUGUACCCUCACCUGCCCCCCUCUAGAAACUGCCAGCUUCGUGCUGUAGGGGUGCAGUCAUGUGUAUGGUGCUGACCAUGUCAGUGAGUUUUACUGUUUCCAAAGCUGCUCCUUGUCUGUGGAUCGGUGAGUGCAGUAGGCAAGGCAUCAUUUGCAAUAGUUUUACAACACAAGGGGAAUGAUUCCAUGAAUAUGUUUACAUGAACUGCUGCAAAACCUUGUCCUCUCACUGAACACGUGCAGCAGGUUGUAAGGUAAUCACUGGUGUGACUGAGGGAAGGGGGUUCAUGCAGCAGCACGUCUCCCAAGGCAGGGAGAGCACAGGUAAAACUGCGUCCCGUCUCCUGUCAAACACAGGACGAGGACAGCAUGGGAUAGGGUCAUGGAAAUAAAAAACCUGCAGAUGCUAGACAUCUGAAACCAAGUCAGAAAACCCUGAAAUGCCUGGCAGGUUGUGCAGUGAUUGGAGAAGGGGAGAGGAGCUGGCAUUUCACCUUGAUGCCCUUUGUCCUGUAGGACAUCAGACUGCAGAGGUGGGAUCAUUCAAAACAACUUUACCUCUGUGUUUGGGGAGAGGAGGAGGAAGAGGCCUGUUUAUAAUGAAUCUGCUGGGUCUGAGGGUCGGGUCACUCUGUCCCCAGCUACGGUUCUUGUGAGAUCUCCCCCAUGGGCAUGUUGGAGCAGGGACCAGGCAGGGUUUAGGUGUCACCUUCUCCCAGAGCCACUCACUCUGGGCUUACCAUGGCCAGGGAGGGACCGAGGUACAACGCAGUGGGUCCCCACCCUGUCUCCCUCGUUCUGUGCUGGCUGCCUCUCUCCCACCACCACCCCAGUUUCCCUGCAGUAUGUGAUUGCCCUAAUUGUAAAAGCACACACCUCUCACUUUUUAACAGCUACUGUAAAGUAAAUUGCCUUCAGUUAGGGUUCAGUAAACCAUCUGAUCCAAGUCCCUCUGAGACCCUCUUUUGUGCAUAUCAGUCUCUGUGCAAAAGUCUCUGACUCCAGCCUGUAAUGUUUGUCUGGGGCACAUGCUGCUCCAGAGAAACCCGCCCCUACAGACUCCCAGGAGACUCCCAAUUCACUGAUCUGUCUGAUUUCCACUCAAAUGACUUAAUUAUAAAGCUGUAUGUGUUAAAGGGCCAGUCCAUCCCAGCCAGAUGUGAAUUAAAUAUUAAACCCUCCCAUUAGCUGUCCUCUGAAGCUGAAUUUCAUCCUUAAAUCCCUUUCUGCCUUGAACACAGUGCCACUGAGCAGCUGCGUCAUCCUGCGAUUCUCAUCAAAACGCCAGCAUCUGGGAAAGGGAAGGCGGGGUGUGUUGGGCAGUGGAGAGGGGGUGCAGGGAAUGGGACGGGGCUUCUACCCUGCUUUGUAAUCUGGUGCCCACUGUGGGUGAAACCAGAGGCUGUGUGUGUGUGUGUAUCCGUGCACGCCCGCGUCUGAUCGCUACCCACCCUCACUGAUCUUAUGAUUUAAAGGGGAGUGAAAUCGUGCAGUAUGGAGUGGUUUGUGUGUGUUUUUGGAAAUGAAUUUUAAAUAUAAUCAUAUUUU